AUGGCGGAUGCAGAGAAUUUAUCAGCCACACCAGCAAAUAAUGAUGGAACUGAGCUUCCUACUGAACCGAUACAUGCUGAACUAGGAUUAAGUUCGAAUGUCUUAAGAGUUGUAGCUGGUGAGAAAGAAGCUAUUGAAAAGCCGGUUAAACAGAAAGUAGAUUUGCAGUCCCUGCCCGCGCGAGCUUACUUAGAUCAAACUGUGGUACCUAUCUUAUUGCAAGCAUUAUCAACAUUAGCUAAAGAACGGCCACCUAAUCCUAUCGAAUAUACGGCCGCCUACUUAUUGAAAAAUAAAUCCCAGUUUGAGGAAAAACAGUAA